AUGAAGGUCGCUGCUCUUGUCUCUCUUUUCGCUCUGGCUUCGGCCCUCCCCUCCCUUGAACGUCGUGGCAUCAACGACGCUGCUGUUGAACUCAUCGGCGAACUGGAGGGUUUCCGCCCCGACUUCUACUACAUUAACGGCCACAAGACCGUCGGGUAUGGCCAUGACUGCGUCGCCAAGCAGGACUGCGGUAGCAUCAAGACACCGAUCAGCAAGGCCGAAGGGGCCGCACUGCUGAAGAAGGACCUUGCCGGAUACGAGAAGUGCGUCUGCAAAAUGCAGAAUGCCAAGGAGCUGAAUGCCAACCAGUAUGGCGCGCUGGUCAGCUUCGCGUACAACUCGGGCUGCGGCGGCGUGCAGUCCUGGUGGCAUGGGGCGAUGGCGAAGAAGAAUUUCAAGGGAAUCUGCGAGGCCUUGCCCACGACCAACACCCUGAAUGGAUUGUUGACCAACCGUCGGAAGAAGGAGGGUGCGUUUUGCAGCAAGCCGACCGACAAGCUGUCGGGCUGUUAG